AUGUCAAACCAAAAUAUACCUGAAUCGAAUAAAAGUUACGAAGAUGUCAAUGGAGACAUAAACUUUGACGAGCUAGCUAAUAAUAUGUUAGAAAAAAUCGAUAAACAAAUAUACGAAGAAGUGUCAGAAUUACAUACGAACUCCGGAAAUAUAAGUAAAAAUAAUGUGGUUACUACUAAUUUUAGCGGAGAACAAAAAAUAAAGGGAAACUUAAUAUUACCUGUAAUAAAAAAGGAACAAGUUGCAUCUAAUAUGGUAAGAGGAAUACAUGAAAAUACAAUGCAUGCAGGUUCGUAUCCUCGUCGAGUGAUGACAGCACUGGGACCUUUGCCUUUACCAGAUGAAUUUAAAAAAAAUAUUCCUGAAAAAUUUGUUGCAAAACCUAUAAUAGAAGAGAGAGAAAUAUAUGUUUCAAAAAAGGAAAGAAAACAAAGAGAGAUCGAAAUACCACAUGUAAAAUAUGAACAUACUUUUGAAAAAGUAAUGAAGCAAUUAAAUGUAAACAAGUUAGUACCAAGUGUUUCCGAAGUAAUUAAAGAAGUACCUAAAGAAGUUCUAAAACCAGUGAUAGAAGAAAAAAUAAUUGAAGUACCUCAAGGAGUAAAAUAUGUAGAAGUACCUGUAGAAGUUCCAUGUUUAUAUCCUCCCAAAAUUGUACCUAAGAUAGUAACACAAUAUGUAGAAAGAAUAGUACAGACAAUCAAACCAGUAGUACAAGAAAAAAUUAUUGAAGUACCUCAAACAGUAAUAAAACAAGUACCAAAAAUAAAAACAGUUGAAGUGCCAUAUUAUGUUCCAAGAUAUGUAGAAAAAAUAGUAGAAGUUCCAUUUAAACCUAAUGGGGAAAUGCCACAAUUAGGUACACAUAUUCCCUUCUCUGUUUCUGAAUCUUUUCCACCUUUAAAACCAACACAAUACCUAAGAGAUAAGGACAAUGGACAUAGCGAAUUUAAAAAUCAACAUUCUUUUUUAUCUCAAAUGAAUUGUUUUAAUAAAUUAUCAGAACUAAAUAUUAUGAACUGUUGUGAACCCAUAACAACAAAUAUAAGUAUGCCUCAAACAACUUUAAAACCUUUAGAUAAUAAUAAAAUGUCAACUAGUAAUGUUUCUGGUACUCCUAAAAAUCUUCCAAUAAAUUAUAAUUCUCUUUUUUUAAAUUCCGAUAAUGAUAAUAGGAAAAAUGAAAAUUUGUGUAAUCAAAUAGAAAAUUUCCCACAUGUACAUAAUUUACCUGACGGGUUAAGGUGGAAUUAUCCUGAUGGAUCUAUGAAUAGCUCAGUCACCACUCAUAAUAAUAUUCCUCCACUUGUUUUUACUUGUCCUCCAGAAAUUGGAAAAGUUACAUGUACAAAAAAAAAUAUCCAGCCUGAUAUUCUCACUAAGACAGGUGUUUAUGAAUUUGAUGGUUUUAAAAAAAAAGGAACCUCUCAAUCUCUCUUUCCUCCUUUAGCUCAUCAUGACCGAGUCCCCUUUUUACCUUCACCAGCUGUACCCGGAACUCCCGAUGUCAAAAAUAUUGAAGAAAAUAAUUGA